UUGUGCCGUCGUCAUCCUCCAGUCCACAUCCAUCCACUUACUAUUCAGUCGACACGUAAACCACGAAGCCAGCCAGUCCCCCUCUCUUUCCUCCGAGCCAACCUACCUGCGUGUCGAGCGCCGAAGCGAGACCGCUGGACAGCAGCAGAGGCCCCGCGAGCGAGGUUUUUCCACCUGGAAGAUCAUCUCUGUCUCCCUGAGCAGACAUGCCUCCGCCAGUGGGGGGCCCCGUGGGGUACACCCCUCCUGAGGGGGGCUGGGGCUGGGCCGUGGUCCUGGGGGCCUUCAUCUCCAUCGGCUUCUCCUACGCCUUCCCCAAAUCCAUAACGGUGUUCUUCAAAGACAUUGAGGUGAUAUUUGACGCCACGCCUAGCCAAGUGUCCUGGAUCUCCUCCAUCAUGUUGGCCGUCAUGUACGCGGGAGGUCCAAUCAGCAGCAUCCUGGUGAAUAGAUUUGGCAGCAGACCAAUCAUCCUGCUUGGCGGUUGUCUGGCGGGGUCAGGACUGGUCGCCGCCUCCUUCUGCAACACGGUGCCACAGCUCUACUUCUUCAUCGGAGUGGUCGGAGGAAUGGGCUUGGCAUUUAACCUGAACCCCGCUCUCACCAUGAUCGGCAAGUACUUCUACAAGCGGCGACCCAUCGCCAACGGCAUAGCCAUGGCCGGGAGCCCUGUCUUCCUGUCCACACUGGCGCCGCUCAACUCGUGGCUGUACGACCAGUUUGGCUGGAGGGGCAGCUUCCUCAUUCUGGGGGGACUUCUGCUCAACUGCUGCGUGGCCGGCUCGCUCAUGCGUCCCAUCGGACCCAAGCCGCAGCCACCGUCGGUGUCACCUGAGUCGGGCGAUGUGGCGCAGCCCAAGAAGACUGUGCUGCAGAAGGUCAACUCCUUCAUUGACCUGACGCUGUUCAAGCACCGUGGCUUUUUGCUCUACCUCAUGGGCAACGUCAUCAUGUUCUUAGGCCUCUUCGCGCCACUUGUCUUCCUCUCCAAUUUUGCCAAGAGCAAAGACAUCAGCAAGGAGAAGGCGGCCUUCCUGCUCUCCGUGCUGGCCUUCGUCGAUAUGUUCGCACGGCCCUCAAUGGGCCUGCUGGCCAACACCAAGUGGGUCCGACCCAGAGUGCAGUAUUUCUUCGCUGCCGCAGUCCUCUACAAUGGCGUCUGUCACGUCCUGGCCCCGCUCUCCCACGACUACACGGGUUUCGUCAUAUACGCCAUCUUCUUUGGCUUUGCCUUCGGAUGGCUCAGCUCGGUGCUCUUCGAGACUCUCAUGGACUUGGUGGGGGCGCAGAGGUUCUCCUCCGCAGUGGGCUUGGUCACCAUUGUGGAGUGCGCCCCUGUACUGCUCGGCCCGCCACUAACAGGAAGCUUCUACAAUUACUACCAGCACUACGACUACACUUACAUCUCAUCAGGAAUCAUCCUCAUCGUGGCCAGCCUCUUCCUUUUCGUAGGUAUGGGGAUCAACUACAAACUCCUGGCGCGAGAGAAGAAGGACGAGGAGAAACAAGUGCAGUGCGAAGCUAAGGAGGAGUGCACUGCCAUGCUGACUCCCGCCUCGCCCUCCAAGGAGGGCAACGCUGUGCCCGAAGCCACACCCGAGGCAGCACCUGACGCCGUGCCUGAGGCUGCCAGACCGGACGAGGAUCCUAAGAUGGACGAGAACAGGGUGUAGGAGCGAGAUAGACUCUGCAAGACGCUCACUCACGCCUUUACAAACACACUUUUACUUGAUACCAGCUAAAAACAAGAGUAAGCACAUACUGGUUUUGUUGUUUAUUUUCGCUGUUGACACCAGCUACCAGUAGGGCAACCGCAUCAAGCUGGUCUGGGCACGGAACCCAAAUUUCUGCCUGUGAAAAAUAUUGUUAUUCUGUAUUCGUGUGCCCUGCUGCUAGCCGAUAUCACCAAUCAUACCUGCACAAAAAGACACAACCAAACCAGUAUAGAAGCUUAUCAGCAUUGGUUCUUUUUUGUUUGUUGUUGUUUUGUUUUUGUUUUUUUGUUUGUUUUUAGCAGGGCACUCACAUUUGUUUAUGUCUCUUUGUUUGUGUUUAGUUUAUUGAUGUGCCUGCAGGGAACACAAAUAGUAGAGGACCGAAGUAUACCGGUCGGAUUUUGAGUCACUCUGAAGACUGCGUUCUCUCAGGGUCUCCGGCUGCCAUAAUGUGCGUGUGAAUGACAAAUGAGACAGUAUUUCAACUUGCCAUCCACGCAAAGCUAUAGCGUGGCAAAGAACAAAUAUUUGAGCUCAAUGUCUACAAGCAAGAUGAAGGUAAGUGCGUGUGAGAGUGUUGUUCUUACAUUAUAGAAUGUGUCAACUCCAUCCCAGUUUCUUAGCGACGUUCACUUUGUCUUAAGUGCCAAAAAAUGUUGUUUAUCCUCAAAAAGCAAAACUAUCAAGGAAAGCAAUUUACCCCUACAGCAAAUCCUAAAUUUACCAUGUUAUCUUUUCUUGCAUAGUAUAGCAGUAUUAACCACAUUCUUAAUGUGAAUGCUACCUUUUUUCCGAUUUUUGUGCUGCUUUCAAUUUUUUUUUAUUCUUGCAGAUUGCGAUGUUGUCGUGUUUUUUGACCAGCCAGGGGGGAAAAAAGUGGCAAAACCACACAAAAUACACACAAAAAAGAUUAUCAACUGAAAUAAGGAUGAUUUCAUUUUAGGAAUAUACAGUGGGGAAAAUAAGUAUUUAGUCAACCACUAAUUGUGCAAGUUCUUCCAAUUGAACAUAUUAGAGAGGCCUGUAAUUUUCAAUAUGGGUAAACCUCAACCAUUACAGACAAUGUGGGAAAAAAAAACUGAAAAUCACAGUUUCACUUUUAAAGAAUUUAUUUGCAAAUCAUGGUGGAAAAUAAGAAUUUGGUCAAAAGUUCAUCUCAGUACUUUGUUAUGUACCCUUUGUUGGCAAUAACGGAGGCCAAACAUUUUCUGUAAUUCUUCACAAGCUUUGCACACACUGUUGCUGGUAUUUUGGCCCAUUCCUCCAUGCAGAUCUCCUCUAGAGCAGUGAUGUUUUGGGGCUGUCGUUGGGCAACACGGACUUUCAACUCCCUCCACAGAUUUCCUAUGGGGUUGAGAUCUGGAGACUGGCUAGGCCACUCCAGGACCUUGAAAUGCUUCUUACGAAGCCACUCCUUUGUUGCCCUGGCUGUGUUUUUGGGAUCAUUGUCAUGCUGAAAGACCCAGCCACUUCUCAUCUUCAAUGCCCUUGCUGAUGGAAGGAGAUUUUCACUCAAAAUCUCUCAAUACAUGGCCCCAUUCAUUCUUUCCUUUACAACGAUCAGUCGUCCUGGUCCCUUUGCAGAAAAACAGCCCCAAAGCAUGAUGUUUCCACCCCCAUGCUUCACAGUGGAUAUGGUGUUCAUCAGAUGCAAUUCAGUAUUCUCUCUCCUCCAAACACGAGAACCUGUGUUUUUACCAAAAAGUUCUAUUUUGAUUUCAUCUGACCAUAACACAUUCUCCCAGUCCUCUUCUGGAUCAUCCAAAUGCUCUCUAGCAAACCGCGGACGGGCCUGGACGUGUACUGGCUUCAGCAGGGGGACACGUCUGAGUCCCUGGCGGCGCAUUGUGUUACUGAUAGUAGCCUUUGUUACUGUGGUCCUAGCUCGCUGUAGGUCAUUCACUAGGUCCCCCCGUGUGGUUCUGGGAUUUUUCCUCACCGUUCUUGUUAUCAUUUUGACGACACGGAUUGAGAUCUUGCAUGGAGCCCUAGAUCGAGGGAGAUUAUCAGUGGUCUUGUAUGUCUUCCAUUUUCUAAUAAUUGCUCCCACAGUUGAUUUCUUUACACCAAGCGUUUACCUAUUGCAGAUUGUCUUCCCAGCCUGGUGCAGGUCUACAAUUUUGUCUCUGGUGUCCUUCGACAGCUCUUUGGUCUUGGCCAUAGUGGAGUUUGGAGUGUGACUGACUGAGAUUGUGGACAGGUGUCUUUUAUACCAAUAACGAGUUAAAACAGGUGCCAUUAAUACAAUUAACGAGUGGAGCCUCGUUAGAAGUUAGACCUCUUUGACAGCCAGAAAUCUUGCUUGUUUGUAGGUGGCCAAAUACUUACAUAUUUUCCGCUCUAAUUUCGAAAUAAAUUCUUUAAAAAUCAAACAAUGUGAUUAUCUGUUUUUUUUUCCACAUUCUGUCUCUCAUGGUUGAGGUUUACCCAUGUUGACAAUUACAGGCCUCUCUAAUCUCUUCAAGUAGGAGAACUUGCACAAUUGGUGGUUGACUAAAUACUUAUUUGCCCCACUGUAAAUCACCGAUAUCAUGCGGAUAUGAUAGAUAUCGAUUCUUUGGACAACAGUUUUUACCAAUACUGUAUUACAGAGUCUGCCACAAUUCAAAUCAAUGGCCUUUGAUUGAUUUGUUAUAAUAUGAGAUACACAUUUAAGUUACAUUUGACAUAAAUCGAUAAAAAAAAACAAAGUAAUUUUUCAGUUUUUGACAGUAAUUUGAACAUUUCAGACAUUUGAAUAAAAACCAUGUUUUGUUGAAUUGAAAUAUAAAAUAUGAAAAUGUUGAUAGUUGUUUUGAUUUAUUUUAUUGGAUCGUUGUUUAAUUGAUUGAUGUAUUGUUACACCCCUUGUGCCAGUGUGAAUGUGAAGUUGUGUCAAACCUUCUGCCAUCCAAUGGAAGAGGGUUUACUGCCAAGUAUAACGCACUCUUCUUUCACGCCCCUGUGAUAUGACCUUUGAAACUCUUACAAUUGCGUGUAUUGUCAGCAUAGGGAGUGCGCUUGUAUCGUGUGCAGGCAAAAUAAAUUCAAGACUAAAAGCAACACUAUGUAACUUUUCAAACUUUAUAAAAUAUUUUCAUAACAUUUGUGAUAUGUCGACUGACUAGUUUAAUAACACUUUUUAAAAAAUAUCUUUAGGGAGUGUAUCGCUUUCACCGGCACUAUUUAACUUUGAGUAGGGUGGCAGGAACCCUGCCACACACAAAAAACUACAAAUUUGCUAGCUGCUUUAAGGCAUACGUCACGUUCCCUUUUCCCCAUUCAUUAUAAAGACUGAAGUUGAUGCGAAUGCUUUGGUGCAAGUUCUGCAAAGAUGGCAGAGCGACAAAAUAGACAAAAAGUUUUGUCUGAGGAGAUAAAAAUGGAGGCUACCAGGAUAUAAAGAAUAAACAUUGGCCAGGCUUUUGCUCGCUGGCGUGACGCCCCCCCAACUGAACUUGCCGUGUGUUGUUUUUAGCCACUAUAAGGCACACGGUUGGUAACUAUCAUAUGCUAUUGUUUAGCCACAACUGGAUUCAUUACUAGGCCUGUCGCGAUAACGAUUUUCAGUGUGCGAUAAUUUAUCUCAUAAAUUAUUGCGAUAUGUGAUAUUGUUGCGCUCCCCCCAUGCUUUUUUAAACCAAUUUACAAUAACAGUGAGACUACAGUAUAUAUUAAUAAAGUACAACCAUUUAAACGCAAUAAAUGUUUACUCUUAAAUUUAAAAAUACUUUUUAAGAAAUCACAACUAAAAAAAAUAGAGCAUGCCUCUUAAGUAAAAGACAACAAUAUUAAUACCGUACAGAAACACAGAAGAAAUAAAAUGUCUUUCAAGAAAAAAAAUAAAAUUGCACCUAAUAACUUAAGCCUUUAGGCAGAUGAAAACUUUUCCCCUCAUAGCUUCUGCUAUGGGGUUCCAUGUGUAAUAUUCUGAUUGGAUGUUUUCCGAGGCACCCUGAAGCGCACGCAACGGUGAUGUUAUUUUGUUCAUGUGACGCGGCACAGCCUGCCGAGAGCCACAGGUUGAGGAAGUGUUGUUAGCGCCGUGUGUUAAUAAAAAACAAUAUUGUCGGCAGGUCGUGUAUUUGAUAAUCAUUGCCAGAAAAACGCACAUAAUAGGACACCAUACAGCCUCCUUUUUAAUGAUGUCCUUAUAAUGAUCUGAUGAAUCAUAAAUCACUUUGUGACUUUCCACCUCCAUGAUGGAGCGUUCUUCGUCCAUGUUCGCUGGUUAAACUGUGAAUAAGCAACUGGGCUGUUGACUCCAGGCCCGGCUCCUCCUAUUUUGACGGAUGCGUCUCCGGCAAAAUAAAAAAUAGCCUAAACCAUCCGGUGUGCUGGAGCCCGCCGGAGAUUGUUUGCAGUCAAUCCUGAGCACUGACGCGGCCGGUACACGUUGAACAAUAGGAUAUAAUGGGAAUGGAUUAGCUCCGGCGCUAUUUUUUUCGCCGGACCCGGAAAGAAGACUCAUUUUGCGUAGUUGGUAACAAGGAAGCCGAACUUUUAACAGCACAUCUGCCGCACGCGUGCAGACACGUGCACGUGAGGUGAUAAAUCACAGCGGAAAACUUACCGCCUUCAUUUUCAUUUACUGUGCGAUAAAUGGAAUUAUUGCAUAUUGUGACAGGCUUAUUCAUUACCUUAUUACUAUUCAUCCUUCACACAGCCACUGGAAACAGAAAUAUUGUUUAUUCCAUCUGCAGGCGACCGGGAGAUUGAUUUUUAAUUGAUUGAUGAUUUUAUGACACCGCCGGUGUGCGCUUGUCCUCAAAGGAAACGCAGCGCUGAUCCUCAUGGGAAACGCAGUCUUCCUUCAGGCAAAACACUACCGCUGAUGUCCACCGUCGUCGCUAAAAUCGACAAAAACUGAAAAGUUACCAAGUGUUGCUUUAAGGCUGCAAGUCUAUGCGGUAGUGUAGAAUCCUGAGCCAACUUUUUAGACAUCAGUCAAUAAUGGCCGUGAAAGUGUGUUUUUUUUUUUUUUUUGUUUGCAAAAAAUGCAGAACAUACAUUCUUUCUGUCUGUCAAUAUCUGAGGUUAGAAUCGAUAGAAGCACUUUUUUUUUAAUUUUUUAUUGUGGUUAAUCAUUUUCUGACCAAUUUCGGUUGUUGAGAAGCAAUACAUGUGGUACAUGUUGUGGUCCAACAUCACUAUCUAUUGGGAAAACAAUUGUAUAGCAAUCUGUUAGGACUUUCCAAUUUAAAGAUGCAUACGUAUAUUAACAUUACAAUGGUCAUUACUGACCUCCGGGACCACAACGCCAAAUGAACUACUUUUACAAUGAAAGGCACAAUGAGAGGAACAAAGUUUAAUAGAAAUGUUGUUUUUUUUUGCUGUCAAGUAUUACACUCUGUAUUUAGAAAAAAAACCUACACUUUUUAUAACGAAGAUAUAUUUCUGGAAAACAACAGGCUGUAUUCUACUUUUCAUGUGUCGUACUAAUUACUGUGUGAUGUUUUUCUGAUGGGAGAGUGAAGAAAUUAAAGGUUUUGUUAAAACAAUG